CGUGAAAUGCAACUCAAACUUCCUGGGAACCGAGUCGUGAGUGCUCAAACUUGACUUUUGGUCGUCAGAAGAUCGAUCUCUUGAAACUUGCACUUCUCAACCAGCAGUCACACUCGUCUCGGCAAUUUGCAAGUCGUUCCCUCUCUUCACCCUCACACUUCCUACACGCGCACCGCAACGCGCAGCUCCUGGGCCCACUACCGAUUAACACGCUCAGCACGAGGAAGACGACGACGACGACGACGACGAAAGGCUGUUCCACGUCUCCAGCGCUUGUCCCACUGCUCGGUCAGCCAGUCUAUCGAGCUCGCUACGGUCUCCAAGGCAUCGCAGUGGCAGAGCAACACGUUGCCGUGCCUGGAUUGUUGAUCAAUCGAAUCGUAGCAGCAGCAUCACAGACCAAGCAGCAGUCCUUCUACUGUUGCAAACCUUGCACAUCUGCACAUCCAGCCCCAAACGAACCUCAGACGCGAGAGGGUGCAAAGAUGAACAUCUUUAGAUUCUUUGGCGAUUUGUCGCACUUGGCUUCCAUCUUCAUCUUGCUGCACAAGAUUACCAUCAGCAAGAGCUGCAGAGGUAUCUCCUUCAAGACCCAGUUGCUGUACUCGAUCGUAUUUGCCUCGCGCUACUUGGACAUCUUCUUCGAGACGAGCUUGUACCGGGUCUUGAUGAAGAUCUUCUUCAUCGGUAGCUCAGUCUACGUCUUGUAUCUCAUGCGCGUCAAGUACAGGCCCACACACGAUCCAGCGAUCGACACCAUCAGGUUGGAAUACUUGCUAGGCCCCGCAGCCCUGCUAGCGUUGGUGUUCAACUACGGCUACAAUAUCUUGGAGCUGUUUUGGGCUUUUAGCAUCUACUUGGAAUCCGUCGCCAUUCUUCCCCAACUGUUUAUGCUGCAGAGGACAGGAGAGGCAGAAACCAUCACGACGCACUACCUCUUCGCUCUGGGCGCUUACAGAGCUCUGUAUCUGCCCAAUUGGAUAUACCGGUACUUUACCGAGAAUCAAGUGGACCCCAUCUCGGUCAUCAGCGGUCUGGUGCAGACCGGCUUGUACCUCGACUUUUUCUACAUCUAUGUGAACAAGGUUUUGAAGGGGCAAAAGUUCGAGUUGCCGGCGUAAGAGGAGGCAAAAGGAGGUACACAAAUGCAUGGCGUUGCUAUCGGGCAUGCAAAGAUAAUACAUGACUCGGAAAUCAGAACUCGCAUCGUGCAGACGACGCAGGAGUGGCCGAUGUUGCAGGCUGGAUCGCAAGAUAUCAGCGAGGCUCAAGGGGAUCAAUGACGUGCCAACAGCACACACAGAAUUGCCAAAGGCUAAAUGGAGAUGCGACGAGAGCUGUGUUUGGGACUGGGUCAAAGUCCACUAAGACGCCCCGAGACGUGCAAGCGCAUCAGCAGCCGACGGACGAGCGCCCGCAGAGAGUCGGAUCGCCGAUUCGCAGAAUUCGAAAGCUGCCUGCUCGGCCGCAGACCGGAAUGAAAUGG